CGGCAGUCCAAUUAGUGAUAUUAGACCUAUAUCAUAGAUGAUCUUCCCGUCGCAGUUGCCCUCAUCGAAGCGAUCCAGCACUACGCCAAAUCUGACCUCGGUAUUCUCAGGAGCUCCAGUGGGCUUCGCUCUCCUGCAUCGUUAUCUCCUGUCUCAAUCAUAUAUUGUUCAGUGUUCAUCGUGGAAAGGACGAAUGGUCGGCUGUACUUCUCGAAAGACGAUCCCGAGGGUUCGUAACAGUGGAAGAAGUCGAUUCAUUUCUUCCCCGACAAAAUGCCGAGUAGAACUUGCGUCAGACGUCAUUGGAUAUGGUUUUCUGGACCGCAAUGUACUCAAAAGAGGAAAAAACCAGGAACCUGCAAGUUCAGACAAGAAGGCUUCUUGUAACGAUGACCACGUCCGGAUGGAUGCACGACACCGUUUUCACUACAAGAACGAGGGAUCAUCUCAAAAACUGGCAAUGCAGACAUUGCCAUGUAAUCAGCCAUUCAUACACUUCCCUGCCUCUCCAGAGGCUCGAAAAUCAGAUCAGAUCAUUGACCUUGGCCAUGCGAGUCUUCGUCAUGGCUUCAAAAAGCAGUGGAGUUGUUUUCCCCUCGGAGAUAUAUGCUGAGUACUCCAUAGAUGGCAAGCAAGGGCUUGGUGUCAGCCUCAGGUUUGUAUCAGUGAACACAAGCCAGCCCAGAGCUGAGGAGCUCCACCUGCAUGUGGCACCUUUUUUAAUGCAGUGACCGCAAUCAGUAAGCAGCAUAGUACCUGUACCUACUGCUACCGAAAUUGACUGUUGUAAAAGCUCAUUUCAGGUGUAGUACCAGGUAGGCAUAUGAGCUCCUGUUAAUGUUUAAGUUAACUCUGCCCAGAGUCAGAGUUAAAUCAGUUCAA